CCUUGGGUCUCUACUUUCCCAGGAAGGAGUACUUGGAGAAUGUCUAUAUUGACGAGCCAGCAGGAACGCCGCUCCUGCGCAUCCAUGCCUUGAGGGAUUCACGUGAGGAAGUGGCCCACUUUCAUCUGUGCCAGAAUCUCAUAGUUCCUCGAGCAAGACCACAAGAAAAUAAUUUGUUCCAAAUUAGAGAAGAAACAGGACUUCUCUACCUCAGCAAAAGCCUGGAUGGAGAGGACUUUAACAUGCUGUCUGUAGGAAAUUGGAUGCCAUUAUCCAAGGUGAUGCUGUAUGUCUUCCUUUCAUCCCACCCUUUCCAAGAGAAGGAAUGUGACUCUGCUACACGUGCCACGGUUCUCCUCUCUUUGAUCAAUGCCACUGCACCAGCUUGCAGUUCCCUGACAGCAAGGCAGCUUUGCUUCACAGAAAUGGAUCUCUCCUUUCAAAUCAAGGAGAACAAACCACCUGGUACAUUUCAUCAGCUCCGGUUACCCUCAGUUCAUCAUCUCUGUCAGAAUCUCAGCAUUUCCUACAAAUUGCUUGCAGCUGAAGGAGCUCCCUUUCGGUACAACGAGAACACCACCAGCGUGCGGGUGACGCAGCGCCUGGACCGGGAGGAGAGGGAGAGAUACGAGCUCAUUGCCAAGUGCACCGUCAGAGAGGGGCUCAGGGAAAUGCAGGUUGAGGUGCCUUUCCUGGUGAAUGUGUUAGAUGAAGAUGACUCUCCUCCCUUCCUUCCCAAUGGCACUGAUACUGCAGAUGCUGUUGUGGAGUUCAACAGGAAAGAGGGCACUGUUCUUUCCACGCUGACUGUGUAUGAUGCAGACACCACACCUAUUUAUCCCCUUGAAAGCAGCAGAAAGAAAUACACGGGAACCAUCAUUACUGACGAUCCCUGGAUAAGUGAAACAUUUCGUGUAGAGCACAUCUUUGAUGAAAUCCACUUCAGCCCAAAUGGCAGCCAAGUGAGGGGAACUCGGCACGAGUACAAGCUGGUACUGAAUAAAAGCAUUUCAGUCACAGAGCAUCGUUCAUUCCAGCUGGAUGUUCUGGUGAAUGACACAGAAUUUCAUGGCCCAGAAAGAUCAGUGAUGCUUCAUUUCAAUGUCUCCAUCCUCCCUGUCAGCAUUCAGUUUUCAAACAUAACUUACCAGUUCACAGUGAACAGAAAUGCUGAACGUUUUGCACAAGUAGGAAAGAUCUGCAUUGAAAACUGCAUGAAAUUCCGUGGUGUAAACAUCACCUACAAGUUGCUGUCCCCCAACUCGAGCUGCUAUCCUGUCAACAUACUACAAGGCCGAGAUGACAAAUUUGGGAGCCUCUAUGUGAACGAUUCCUCUGUGCUGCGCAGGCCUGAAUGCAAGGAAAUACAGUACACUGUUCAAGCUACAGACAAGCAGAGCAGGAAACACACCAAAACCCUCCUCACUGUUGUCCUGGAAGGGACUCUUUUAAAAAAAGAAGAGGACUGCCCUGACUCUUGUGCUAUAAGUAAGCACCGUGCUGAAUGUGAAGAGUGUGGUGGCCUGGGAGUGCUAACAGGAAGAUGCCAGUGGAGACAGGGGAGUGGGAAAGGGAUCACCACAAACUACUCCACAUGCACCCCGAGCAUCAAGACUUGUCCAGAUGGCAUCUGUGAUGUGGUGGAGGGCAAAGACCCGGCUGUGUGUCCCCAAGACUGCACAAGUGGAAACAUUAUUGGUGGCCAUGGGAAGGGCAUUGGAAAUCUUGGAAUUAAGUCAGGACAUGGGAUUUGUUACUGCUUCCCAAGACAGAACUGUUAUUGUGAGAAAGAUGAUAUCAAAGAGCAACUGUGUGAUGACUUGUGCAAGACGGUGAUCACAGGGGCAGUGGUGCUGUGCUUCGUCAUCUCCGUGCUGGUUUCCUUCUACUGCAUCCACCGGUACCACAAGAACUCCCCGAAGCCGCCCAUCGCCUCCGCCGAGAUGACGUUCCGGCGCCCCGCGCAGUCCUACCCCAUCAGCUACUCCUCCAGCAACGUCCGCCGGCCCUCCCUGGACUCCAUGGAGAACCAGGUGUCUGUGGACACCUUCAAAAUACCAGAAGAUCCAAAGUGGGAAUUCCCUCGGAAGAACCUAGUUCUAGGCAAGACUCUUGGAGAAGGAGAAUUCGGAAAGGUCGUCAAGGCGACAGCGUUCCGACUUAAGGGAAGGGCUGGCUAUACCACAGUGGCAGUGAAAAUGUUGAAAGAAAAUGCUUCCCAGAGUGAGCUGCGAGAUCUCCUGUCAGAGUUCAACCUUCUGAAACAAGUCAACCAUCCUCAUGUCAUCAAGCUUUAUGGAGCCUGCAGUCAAGAUGGCCCACUGUAUUUAAUUGUGGAAUAUGCCAAAUACGGCUCCUUGCGCAGUUUCCUCAGGGAAAGUCGAAAAGUUGGCCCGAGCUACGUGGGCAGUGAUGGCAACAGAAAUUCCAGUUACUUGGAUAACCCUGAUGAGAGAGCCUUAACCAUGGGAGACCUGAUAUCAUUUGCGUGGCAGAUCUCCCGAGGGAUGCAGUACCUUGCAGAAAUGAAGCUGGUGCAUCGGGAUUUAGCAGCCAGGAACGUGUUGGUGGCAGAAGGACGCAAAAUGAAGAUUUCUGAUUUUGGCCUCUCACGUGAUGUGUAUGAAGAAGAUUCCUAUGUAAAGAGGAGCAAGGGUCGGAUCCCUGUGAAAUGGAUGGCCAUAGAGUCACUGUUUGACCAUAUCUACACAACACAAAGUGAUGUAUGGUCAUUUGGAGUUCUGCUGUGGGAGAUUGUUACUUUAGGAGGCAAUCCUUACCCAGGCAUUGCUCCUGAAAGACUCUUUAACCUCCUAAAAACAGGCUAUAGAAUGGAGAGACCAGAAAACUGCAGUGAAGAAAUGUACAACCUCAUGUUGCGCUGUUGGAAGCAAGAAGCUGAUAAAAGACCAACAUUUACUGAGAUCAGCAAGGAACUAGAGAAGAUGAUGGUGAAGAGUAGGGACUACUUAGACCUUGCAGCUUCCACGCCCUCUGAUUCCUUACUGUACGAUGAUGGCCUCUCAGAAGAGGAGACUCCUCUCGUGGACUGUAAUAAUGCUCCCCUCCCUCGAACCCUCCCUUCCACAUGGAUUGAAAACAAACUCUAUGGUAGAAUUUCACAUGCAUUUACUAGAUUCUAG